ACGAUAGGAAGAAUGAAUAGGAAGUUAGAUUGCAACUGAUCAUAUAGAAAUAUUAAUUGAGAAUAUGUUCGAUCACUUAAUCAGCGGUGAAUAUACAUUGAAUAAUUGUGAAAUUCUAAACAAAUUUUUUUUAUUAAAAUUUGAAAAUUGGGAGUAAUAAGUAUUAAUCAAUUAGCGAAAAAAGAAUUUAAAUAUCAAAAAAUAUCGGCGAGAACAAGCCAGGAGCAAGUAUCCUGUUCAAUAAUGUAAUCAAUCCAUCGUCAGCAAGAUUGCAUUCAGUCUUCGGGAAGCGUAACAAAUGUAAAAAAAAAAAAAAAGUGUACAAUGUACGUCAGCAAGAAUUGUUAGGCAGCAUCGAGAUCUCGAUCAAUUGUGAGUACGUAUUUUAUAAUACUACGUUCUGUUAUACGAGAUUCGCUGUUUUAUAUAUAAAAUACAUUUCUAAUAUCCACGAAAAACGUGGCUUUUAUUCCUUAACAUCGAUUGAGGAUAGAAAGAGUAGAAAAACAAAAUAUCAUUCUACUCUUGCAAUUGUAUCAUCAUGAAAUUUUAAUUUCUAUUCAAAAAGUGUAUUUAUCAAAAUAUCUCAAGAAUAUCAAAAGAAAAAAAAAGAAGAUUAUAUAAAUUGAAAAUCAAAUUUUCAAUUUAUAUUAAGAUCACUUACACACUGCUUUAAUAUUACACGUGUAAAAAAAAAAUUGUACGCCUUAUCAUAUAUUUUUAGCAAAGAAUCGAGGCAUUUUGGAUAUAUAAAUUGUAAAUAUGGAUACAAAAGAAAUUACUUUCAUGCAUUGUGAUAUCUUCGCCAAAGAAUCUGGACAUUUUGGAUAUAUAAAUUGUAAAUAAUUGUAUUUGAAUACAAUUUUUUUUGUAACGUAUAUUAUCCUGAUGCUUGGAAAAUUCGAAAUACGCGAUUAUAAUCUUUCGAAAUUCUUCUUUCGAAAGAUUAUAUCGCGUAAAUCAGAGAAAUCAUAAAAAUCAAAGAAUACGACAAAUCAUUAAAAAAUCUAUAAAAUACAAUAUACGGAAUAUUCAUAUUCCUUCGAAUCUUCCUCGAGCACCAAUACAAUCUAUUUUCUCAAACUUUCUUUUUUUGUUUUUCAGCCACAGACAUUCUGUUAUGCAAUUUUCUGACCAAAUGUUAAUAAGACAGAAACAUACACGUCUAAUUAUUAAUAAUAUUAAUUCUCCUCGAGAGCAUCGAGCGUCGCUUCUUCUUGCGAUAAAUAGAUCGUCCGCGAGCCGCGUGCAAAAUCACAAAAUUUAAAACAUAUUAGAGGCGCGACGAGCAAAGCAUGAAAAAAAAGGACCUCCUACUUGCUGCCUCCGACCGAAAGAUAGAUAAAGACAAAGAGGGAAGCGCACAGUCAUAAAAAAAAAGAAAAGAGAGGGAGGGGAGAAAAGAGACAAAAACUUGUCGAGAAGUAGAAAGCGGAGUAGAACAAAGAAGACAAAAAGUGAGAGAGGGAUGAAGAAGAAGUGGGAAGAGCAUCCCAGGGGAGGAAGAGGAUCCAAGUGGAGAGGGAAAAGAGGAGCGGGAGAAGGGGUGGAUUUUGCGAGAGCAGAGGGGGUGGCGCCGCGGGCCGCGCCGUCGCCCAGCAUCCACCUCGCUUCCACCCGCCCACCCUUGCAAAGGCGCACCCUCACGCCGUGAGAGUAUCUGGUUAGUAGUCAUACGCUGGCCCGUUGCGAGGCUGCCGAUAUUGCCGUGCCUCUGUCGCUCGUUCCGCUCGCCUACAUCACGCUCUCGACAUCGCAUUUACGCGUUUAAUUCGCGUGCCGGUGACCCAGUUCGAGCGCGCGGAGUACCGCGAAGUUAUCCGCGGCGGUGAUUCGUCCACGCGUGUCCGUGUCUCGCGGGUAAACACGGAAUUAGGAAGAACGCGUCUCGACGCGACACGAGUGACAACGAAUUGAUAACGCGGGAGGAGAAAGGAACCAAGGUACGAAAAGAAACGUUGUCAUCUGGCCGACCGUCCGUGAUUGGGCCGAUAUCGGUCGUCUCGCGGGAGGACGAUUUUUUACGCUCCUCGAGUAAAACCCACAUGGUACGUGUUUUGCUUCUCCACUCUCCGCGCCACCCCUACGUGGCUCCCUCUCCGCUAGAUUCGCGUGUGAAGGGGACACGCGUUACCCGAUCCUAGCUGGAGGUGCACGCUUUCGAUGUGAGCGAAGAGUGGAAGGAUUGGAUUGGAUUGAAAGCGUUGAUCCAAAAUAAAGGAAGCAGGAUAAAACUACAGUCAUCGUGUAAAAGUGUUUUAUUGUUUUGCUCUCGUUAACAUUUUUGAUGUUGGAUGAUACCAAAGGAAAUAAAAGGAGAGAUCUUUCCAUUCUUCCAAGAUCGGCCGGAGAUAAGUUGAACGUGGAUUAACGUCGUCUAGGAGACGAUCACAUGAUUAACAGUGGAAUUGAAUCGAAGAGAUUCAUAUACUUAGGUAUCGGUGGUAAUUCAAUAAAGAAGAAAUGUUACUUUGUAACAGGAUAGAACAAGAUGAUAUAGGGAGGAACGGUUAUCCUUUGUUCUAACUUUGUCACGAAGAGAAGAGAAACAGCAUAUAGAGAAUCAUAUUUUCGCAUUUUUGCAACGAAAAUUUGCAAACGGGAAAUAAUUGUUUCCCUAGUAUUUUACUUUCGUUGAUAAUGGAGGGAAAAAGUGCAAUGUUGUAAUAAAACAUUAUAGAAUAAAAGAAAACUAUAAUGUAAAGAGAAGAACAUAUCUAUUACUUGCUUUAAGAGGUUAAAAGAAGUAGAAACUAAAGUAUCACAUUUUCUAGAAGAUUUUAAGCUUUUUGAAGUGGGAAAUCUUGCAAGGAAAAAGCAAUUAAUAAGAACUUAUUCUUUCGUCAUUUUUUACAAUGAAAAAUUCAAAAUGGAGGACAAGAAAUAAUGUAAAGUAACAGGAUACGUAGAACAUACGUAGAGAGAUAUAAAGGAUAAUAUUGUUAGAUGAACAUAACGGCAUUCCCAGUGGACUAAUCUGUUCCGUGUCUCGGAGGAAACGGUAAUCGAUACAAUGGAAACGUUCAUGAUAAUAGGUAUCUGCUUCCUAUGCUACGAGAUGUGCGAUUUGAUCAGACGUUACGCCACACCGCAAACCGCCGAGCCUAGACGCUCGUUUCAAGCCUCAACUCGUACACAAAAUAUAUUCUCGAUUUCUCACAGGAUGCAGAGCCGACCGGCUUAUUGCCCUCAGUAAGCCUCUUCUUUCAGCUUUCUGACAUUUAUAUGGCAAUUUUUAGAAGAAUUGGUCAAUUUUGAGAAAAUUCAACAGUUUCGAGAGAUACAUGUUGUUUUUUUGUUUAUCUGAAUUUUGAAGAAAUUCUAAGGAACCACGUUCUUCGUGCAAUUGUUUCAUUGUCUCUUGUGCAAAGUGAAUUAUCUUCGAUUGUUGCAGAAACAUUGUACAAUCUACACGUGUGAUUUUCGAAGAAACUUUUAGAAAAAAAUCUACGCAUAUGGGUAUCAUCAAUUAUACGAUUCCUGAAGAAGAGGAAAAAGAAAAUUGUGGAAUUUUUUAGUGGUUAAUAUCGAAGGAGUUAUAAUAUAAAAUACAAAAUCGUGGAAGUGACACAAGCGACAAAUGAAGAUAUGAUAGUUUUCUAUUUUUAUUCAGUGGCUAAUGUUCGGACAUCGUGACAGAAUUAAUUUUAGAAAGAAAAAAAGGAAAAAGAAAAAAAGGAGAAACAAUAAUGCAAGAUAUAAAAUGUUUGUUCCAUAUACAUGAACUAUUCACACGUGUGAAUUUAUUCGAGCCGCUCGAAGUGGGGGAAAAAUAUUGUUUGCCUGUCUCCAAUCGACAUCGUAAAAAUUCUUCGUAUUUACCAAGCGUCACACAAACUUAUUAACUCUUGGAAAAGAUAGAAAUGUGACAAGUAUAAAAAUAAGUGUUCAAGAUAGAUAUCAUUUAAAUGAUAAUGAUAAAAUGAUAAAAAUAAUUUAAUUCGUAUGAUCAGAAUGAUAUCAAACAUUUUUGCGAGAAAAAAUUCUUGCUCUUCAAAUUUAAAAUAGAUCUGAAAAAUAAAAUAGAUCUGGUCCCGUGACUCGUCAAAACGACACUCGUGAAAAACGGGAUUCCAUGCUGCCUUGACAAAUGCAUUUGCACAUGAUAAUGGAACACAUUAUUCGAAUCGAUACAGCAGCAAACAUGGAUCAUCUAUUAUUGCGCUGUUGAUCGAUGAAAUCUCUCGAUUUAUCGAUCACGAUUAGCUAAAGCGAUAAAAAUCGCUGUUGCAUUCUAUGUUAAAAAUGCGUGGACAACGAAUAUUUUCUCUUUAAAGAUGUUUCUUGACGAAUCGACAAAGUCUGUUCACUUUUAUGUACGUAUUGUUAAAUGCUGUGAAAAUUUGAAUUAAGUUGGCCGAUGGAAAAUCGCCGUUUCACUGCCUGUCUUCGAGGAUUGAAUUUUCGAAGAAAUUUCUACCGUGGAAUAGGUACAGUUGGCUGUAAUCCAUUGUGAAAAGAAACGAAACGUAUCGAUUACAUAUAUUCGAAAAUCGAAUGCAUAAAUACGAGAACAAGAGAAAAUUACAAGAAUAAUUUUUGUCGAUUCAAGUUGCAAAUAAUUUGUGAUCGAGAUCAUGGAACUCGAUAUAUUAGUAAAAACAAUAUUUGCAAUGUGUGAUUGUCAUGCUAUUUAUGCCCCAAAAGUGACAGAAUAUUUCAAUUAAUAUUUCUUUUUUCUUUAUUUAAUGUAUCGCUAUUUCUCUCCCAAACGAUAAAACAACAAAUUCAAUUAUACUCGUAAUUGUUCGACGUAGAGUUACUUUUCUCAGACAACGAAACAACGAUUGUAUUCGAGUAUUAACAUUGACAUCCUUCUUUUCCAAGAUAAUAAAACGUCCUGCUAAUUUUCCUGGACGAUUAAAAAUAACAAUUUAAUUGUGUUCGAGUUGUUUUGUUUGACGGAUUACCAUUUUUCUUAGACGACAUUUCCCAAUAAUUCAAAUAUAUGACGUCUUUGCUAUUUUUCUCAAAUAUUUUCCAACGAUAUUUCAAUUGUAUUCGAAUCGUUCAACGUAAAACUAUUUUCCUAGACAAAUAAAAGAACAAUUCAAUUGUACGACGUCCUGCUAUUUUUCCUAGACAGUGAAAUAACAAUUCAGUUUUUAGUAAGACGAGUUAUUUGACGUAUAUACCUAUUUUUCCAGACAAUGAAAUAACAAUUCAGUUGUAUGACAUCAACAUUUACCUCAAACAAUAAAACAUCGAUUCGAUUAAUACUUCAGUUGUUUGACGUAUUGCUACUUUUCCCAGACAAAAGAAAGAACAGUUCAAUUGUACUUGACGUUCGUAUUGAUUGUCCAUCCACUUUUCCAUCCGGAGAAUGGCAGAACGACUCGAGUUGUACUCGAGUUGUUUGACAUUCGUGCAACAAUUACUUUUCCCGAAGAAUGACAGAACGGCUCGAUCGAGUUGUCUGGCAUUCACGUAUCUAUUUCUUUUUCCCAGAGAAAUGGCAGAUCGAUUCCCCUACAUUCGAGUUGUUAUAUCAAACUGUAUCGACGUUAUAUAUACAGUUUUGAGUGUACAUGUUACAUGUUAAGAGGAGAACAAUCAUUGGAUAUAGCGUCUUCUCAUUGAAGACCUGAAGUUUGAGGCUGAGAAUAGCUCGUUGACUUGAACAUUGGGUCUUGAACAGAGGGACACGAUAUACAGAAUUACGAAGAGGAGAGAUGGACUCGCUGGAGCGGUUGAUAAGCUCAGGAUCGCACCAGCCAGCCUUGACGGCAGCCACGCGGUCACAGAACGCCUUCGUUCAGGCCAACCUUUGCUCUGUGAUCGGACGUAAGGGUCGUCACCUGACUGGCACGUUUUGCUUAACAGGAGACACGAUGGAGGGCAUCAUACAGUGUCUGGUGUUCCUGAAAGCGUUUUCGCUGGUGGGCGGCGAAUUCGACAUGGAACUGAACUUCGUGAUUCAGGACGCACAGAACAUCAGGCAUAUGCUGGAAUUGCUCGAUCAUUGCCCGCCCAAUCUCCAGGCCGAAAUAUGGAGCGUGUUCAUCGCCAUUUUGAGGAAGAGCGUGCGGAAUCUACAAGCGUGUACAGACGUAAGCCUCAUCGAACACGUGCUGCUUCGAUUGUCCCGCGCGGAAACUGUCGUCGCAGAUCUAUUAAUCGACAUGCUUGGAGUGUUGGCCAGCUACAGCAUAACGGUGAAGGAGCUGAAACUUUUAUUCGGUGCUAUGAAAGCUGUGAAAGGGAAAUGGCCACGACACUCGGCGAAACUGUUAAACGUGCUCCGUCAGAUGCCGCAACGGAACGGACCCGACGUGUUUUUUAGUUUCCCCGGUAGAAAGGGAUCGGCAAUCGUUCUGCCGCCGCUCGCAAAAUGGCCACACGAGAAUGGUUUCACGUUUACCACAUGGUUCCGCCUGGACCCCAUCAACUCCGUUAAUAUCGAACGAGAAAAGCCGUACCUCUACUGUUUUAAAACUAGCAAGGGAGUGGGAUACUCCGCGCAUUUCGUAGGGAACUGCUUGGUCCUCACCUCUAUGAAAGUGAAGGGCAAGGGCUUCCAGCAUUGUGUCAAAUACGAAUUUCAACCACGAAAGUGGUAUAUGAUCGCCGUAGUGUACAUAUAUAAUAGGUGGACGAAGAGCGAAAUUAAAUGUUUGGUCAACGGUCAAUUGGCUUCGAGUACUGAAAUGGCGUGGUUCGUUUCAACAAACGACCCGUUUGACAAAUGUUACAUCGGGGCUACACCGGAACUGGAUGAAGAGCGCGUGUUUUGCGGACAAAUGAGCGCUAUUUAUCUGUUCAGCGAAGCUCUGACUACGCAUCAGAUAUGCGCUAUGCAUAGACUGGGGCCUGGAUAUAAGAGUCAGUUUCGUUUUGACAACGAGUGUUACCUGAAUCUGCCUGACAAUCACAAAAGGGUGAGUGAUGAGCCGGAGCUCACGAGCAUGGUGGACCAAAGUAUGCAAACUGUGCUUUACGAUGGAAAGCUGUCGAAUGCGAUUGUGUUCAUGUACAACCCGGUAGCAACGGAUUCUCAACUUUGCUUGCAAAGCGCACCAAAAGGCAACGUCUCCUAUUUUGUACAUACACCACACGCCCUUAUGCUACAGGAUGUUAAAGCUGUCAUCACGCAUUCCAUUCAUAGCACGUUAAAUUCCAUUGGUGGCAUUCAAGUGUUGUUCCCUUUGUUCUCGCAACUAGAUAUGCCUUACGAUUGUAUAGCUCCCAACGAUGUUAAACGAGAUCCAACGUUAUGCUCGAAAUUGUUGGGGUUUAUUUGCGAUCUUGUCGAGAGUUCGCAAACGGUGCAGCAACACAUGGUGCAAAACCGUGGGUUUCUGGUGAUCAGUUACAUGUUGCAGAGAGCGAGCAGAGACCAUCUUACGACGGAAGUCCUCGCGUCCUUUUUGGAGCUGACGAAACAUCUGGUCACUUGUCUUAGCGCGAACAGCGACUUGUUAUUGAAACAGUUGUUUUACUUUUCAUUCCUAACAUGGCAGCUAUUGGACCACGUCCUUUUUAAUCCCGCUCUGUGGAUAUAUACGCCGGCUCCGGUGCAAACCCGGCUUUAUUCGUACUUGGCCACAGAGUUCCUCAGUGACACGCAAAUAUAUUCUAACGUAAGGAGAGUCUCCACAGUAUUGCAAACGGUACACACGCUUAAGUACUAUUACUGGGUCGCCAAUCCUCGAGCAAAGAGUGGAAUCACUCCCAAAGGACUUGAUGGACCGAGGCCACAGCAAAAGGAUAUUUUGACAAUACGUUCUUACAUUUUGUUAUUUCUGAAACAAUUGAUUAUGAUAGGGAACGGGGUGAAGGAUGACGAGCUGCAAAGUAUAUUGAAUUAUCUGACGACAAUACACGAGGAUGAAAAUUUACACGACGUUUUGCAAAUGCUUAUAUCUUUAAUGUCGGAACAUCCCUCGUCCAUGGUGCCUGCUUUCGACGCGAAACAAGGCGUCAGGACGAUUUUUAAGUUGUUAGCGGCGGAGAGCCAAUUAAUACGUUUACAAGCCUUGAAAUUGUUGGGAUUCUUUUUAAGUCGCAGUACACACAAAAGGAAAUAUGACGUAAUGAGCCCUCACAAUCUCUACACGUUAUUGGCCGAAAGAUUAUUGUUGAACGAGGAAACUUUGUCAUUACCUACCUACAACGUUUUAUACGAGAUCAUGACGGAGCACAUUAGUCAACAGAUCCUCUACGCAAGGCAUCCUGAACCAGAAUCCCAUUAUCGGUUAGAAAAUCCAAUGAUCCUUAAGGUAGUGGCGACUCUGAUUCGACAAUCAAAACAAACGGAACAAUUGCUCGAAGUGAAGAAGCUGUUCCUCUCGGAUAUGACAUUGUUGUGCAACAACAAUCGAGAGAAUCGUCGAACUGUUCUACAGAUGUCUGUAUGGCAGGAGUGGCUUAUAGCCAUGGCGUACAUUCAUCCGAAGAACACGGAAGAGCAAAAAAUCUCGGACAUGGUGUACUCGUUGUUUCGCAUGCUUCUUCAUCAUGCUAUCAAACACGAGUACGGUGGAUGGCGCGUAUGGGUGGACACUUUGGCCAUCGUGCACUCCAAGGUAUCCUACGAGGAAUUUAAGCUUCAAUUUGCUCAAAUGUAUGAGCAUUACGAAAGGCAAAGAUCGGAUAACAUCACGGAUCCUGAGCUGAGACAGCAAAGGCCGAUCAGUACUAUCUCUGGCUGGGAUCAACAGCAUUCGGGGAAUAAUGGUUACAACAAACCGUCACCCUGGAGCAAUCAACAGACUCACGAUGUGCAACACGUGGAGAGGAAUUACAAGGAGUUCGACACAACCGAGGGUAAUGACAGGCUGGAAGAGUCGUGCAGCUGCGACUUGAACUCGAUAGACAACACCGAGAGCGAUGGGAGUCCUGCGAUCGUCAAGUCUCGCAGCGAAACGUUGGAUACCGCGCAAUCGAGCGAGGCGAUAUCCCUGGACUCGAGGCUGAGCGACAAGCCAGAGACGCCAACGACAGCGCGAGAAAUCCACACGGAUACGCCUACGAUCCUCGAAGAAGGGAACAGCGAGGCGGCCUCCAUCCCGACUACCCAAGAAACCAGCGAGGCGAUAUCGAUAGAGAGCUCGAGCGAUUUCUACAGCGAGGUUCACAAGAUCGAGGGUUCCAGCCCGGAUUCCAUGGUGGUGCAAGAAGUUCUGAAGAAAGACGACGAUCCUUCCGAGGUUAAAUCGCAGGAUGAAGCCGUCCCUCCAUCUGAGAAGAAAACGGUGGAGGAGAGCGUGGAGGCCAGGCAGGAGGAAGACGCGGAGCAGCCGAAAGUAACAACGCGGAAUAACGCGGACGAGUGUAACGUUUCCCACGUGCAAAAGGACGACGAAACGGAGGGUGAAACCGAGGAAAUGGAAGGUCAGACGGAAGUGGAGGCUGGAGGAGAACUGGAAGCUGAAACUGGGAUCGUCGAAGCCUGUGUCGAAGCUGGAAUCAAGGUGGAAGCCGACGGUGAAACUGAAGUCGAGGCUCCAUCGAGGUUGGAAGAGGCGAGAAAUAAAGAGACAUCGAGUUCGGUGGACAAGGUUGCUUCGAACGAAGAGACUUCCGCGGAUAUUGUUCUCGAUAAGGAAGAAGAGAGAACGGAGAAAAGUGUGGAGGAGGACGUUGUCGCCUCGACGGAGCAAGCCGAUUCGGAACACGUGCCGUCAUCCGUUCCCUCGAGCGAGACGCCAGAGCCAUUGAUCAUCAAGGAUAUCGAGAAGCUGCAAUUGGAGAACGAUCGCGAGGUGAUCGACAGCGAUACCUCGGAGGCUUACUUGACACCGACCGAGAAUCAAGAUAAUCUGGGCGAUAUGAAGCCGAAGGAAGCGGAAAAGACGGAGGACAGCGAGAAGGGGGCGGGUGUCGACGUUGAGAAGAGCGAGAACGACGCCGAGGAGACCGGGAAAAAUUCCAAUUGCUCAACUAGCGUAAUAGAGAGUAACGUGGCCGACGAGAAGAAGAAGGACGUAGACGUAGACGAGGAGAAAGUGGAUACAGUAGUAGUGACUAGUGAGUUAAGUAGUGAGAAAUGCGCCGUGGACUCUGUGAAAGAGGAGAAAAGUGCCGUUGUUAACGUUGAUAACGGGGUGAAGGUUACUGACAAACAUUCAAGGGAGCCGUCCACUAUUUCUACUAACGUAAGUGAUAAUCAGUCAGACAUUCCAGUGAGAACCGAGAACGAGGUAGAAGUAACAGAUAGUGUUUGUAGUAAUAGCGAUAUUCAAAGUUCUGUAGAUAAUGUGACGCAAGUGCCAAAUCCUAAACAGCAAAUUCCAACAAUAUCUACGGUCUGUGAUGCAAAUAAAAAUAUGCCCGACGGUGUGCCUCAAAUCGUUAGUUCUACAGUGGUUGCGAGGGAUAAUUCUUUGUUGAAUGAGUUAACUUCGGAUCACGUAGAUGCUCAUCGCAGAUCCAGCUUGCCGGCUGUGUCCUCCGAGACGACCACCGACGAUAAUAACGUAAACGAACCUCCCUCCUUACCUGUCCCCUUGCGGAAAACAUCGUCACCUCAGAAACGACCAAGGAGUGCCUCAACGUCCACGCAAGUGGAUCCGAAUCAUUUCGAAUCAAAACGAUCGAAGCAAGGUAAUCCUUCUACGAGACCAAUGUUCAGUCCAGGGCCGACUCGUCCUCCUUUCAGAAUACCAGAGUUCAAAUGGUCUUACAUACAUCAAAGAUUACUCUCGGAUGUUCUCUUUUCGUUAGAGACGGAUAUUCAAGUUUGGAGAAGCCAUUCAACGAAGUCGGUGCUGGAUUUCGUGAACAGCAGCGAAAACGCAAUUUUUGUUGUUAAUACCGUUCACCUAAUUUCCCAACUGGCCGACAAUCUUAUUAUCGCCUGUGGAGGAUUGUUACCGCUUCUAGCUUCGGCGACCUCGCCAAAUAGCGAAUUGGAUGUAAUUGAACCAACUCAGGGGAUGCCAAUUGAGGUAGCAGUUUCUUUUCUGCAAAGACUAGUCAACAUGGCUGAUGUACUUAUCUUCGCCAGCUCUUUAAAUUUCGGUGAACUGGAGGCUGAGAAGAAUAUGUCUAGUGGCGGUAUUCUAAGGCAGUGUUUAAGACUGGUCUGUACAUGUGCCGUUAGAAACUGCUUAGAGUGUAAAGAACGUGGCAGAUCGUACAGCAUGUUAGGUCGGCAGAUUGGUUCUAGUAAUAAAUCACAGCACAUACAGUCUCUUAUACGUGGAGCUCAAACAUCACCCAAGAACAUAGUGGAUAAUCUGGCACAUCAAUUAAGUCCUGUCAAAGAUCCUGAGAAAUUGCUGCAAGAUAUGGACGUGAACCGUUUAAGAGCUGUGAUAUACAGAGAUGUUGAAGAAACCAAGCAGGCCCAGUUUCUGUCCCUCGCUAUAGUUUACUUCAUCUCUGUACUGAUGGUAUCAAAAUAUCGUGAUAUAUUGGAACCACCAAUAUCCCAACGUCCACCAAGUCCAAUUCAAACAAUACAGACUAAUGGUGCUAGUUUAAGACCAGGUAGCCCUUCAGCAGAUGGGAAUGGUGGUGGAGGAGGGCGGCCCCUGUUUCCACAGUGGUCUCACCACGUGUACCCACAGUUCCUCCCGGGAUCUCACCCUAACGCCAAUGCGAAUGCCAAUGCCAAUGCCAACCACCACAUGAACCAGCACCACCACCAGCACCCGCUACCGGCUGCCAGGCACUCUAAUCGCCAGCCCCCCUCCAACUAUUAUCUCCCGAAUCACCACAGUAAUCAUUACAACCAUCAUCCGAAUAACCAUAACUAUCAUCGUCAUCAUCAUUACCAUCAUCACAAUAACAACAAUCAUCAUCAUACGCUUCAAAAACAUAUCGAUCAGCCCCGAAAUCUCUGUCAUAGAAACUCCGGUGUUGGUCUGCAAGGAAGCGGAGGCAUCAUGAGCCAAGCCGGUUCACAAGACGACGGUGAAUACGAGGUGAUAAUCGUCGACGAGAACAACUCGUCGAUCCUGGCGGAUCACGACGUUACAUCGUCGGGACCUCCAUCGACCAAGGGAGGUCACAGUGGCGUACCUCGGCCACGGACAAUUCUCGAGGAUUACACCUCGUCAGAACCAACGCUUGGCUCUUCGACAAGAUCCACUGAACCACUGCCACGAAAUGUGCAGAGUAACGACUCGAGCGAAGAAACGGUGCAUCGUAGCAAUAUUACCGCGGAUGCCAGCCCUUCCGAGGUUGCAACGGAUAACGAGAAUAAACAUAACUCCUCCGAGGAAGCGUGGACCGACGUAAAUCUGAACGAAGACGGAGACACGAUCCCGAUCACGAAUCAAAGGGAAGACCCGCGAAACAUUCACAACAUGGCGCACUCUCGCGGUGAAAUCCAAGACAGCGAAGGCAACGUUCUGGAGCAAGGGAUGAUGGGGAACGCGGAACGCGGUGAGAAACCUUCCGGUGAGAUCUCGGUGGUUCGCGUGUCGGACAGAUUGGUGAUGACUUCCGCGUCGCCACGACCCGAUGAGUUACCGAUCAAGGGACUGGUCGAUCAUCUUCCGGUCCCGACACCCUCGCGCGAGGCCUCGCUCACGCAGAAACUGGAAAUGGCGCUUGGCUCCGUUUGCCCGCUUCUGCGCGAGAUCAUGGUCGAUUUUGCCCCUUUCCUCUCGAAAACGCUCGUCGGCUCUCAUGGGCAGGAAUUGCUGAUGGAAGGCAAAGGUAGGACUCGUUUAACCACCUUCAAAAACAGCAAUUCGGUGGUGGAAUUGGUGAUGUUACUAUGUUCCCAAGAAUGGCAGAACUCGUUGCAGAAACACGCAGGCCUUGCUUUCAUCGAGCUCAUUAACGAGGGAAGGUUACUGUCUCACGCGAUGAAGGAUCAUAUCGUAAGAGUGGCCAACGAGGCUGAAUUUAUCCUCAAUCGUAUGAGAGCGGACGAUGUGCUCAAACAUGCCGACUUCGAGUCUCAAUGCGCUCAAACAUUGCUCGACCGACGGGAGGAGGAAAGGAUGUGCGAUCAUCUGAUCACAGCCGCACGAAGACGGGAUAACGUUAUUGCUAGUAGAUUAUUGGAGAAGGUCCGUAAUAUUCUGUCUAACAAACAUGGCGCUUGGGGAUACAUGGAUCCAAUGGCUGCAAAGUUGGCCGAAUACUGGAAGCUAGAUGCUUGGGAGGAUGAUGCACGUAGACGUAAGCGUUUCGUGCACAAUCCACUAGGCUCGAGCCAUCCCGAAGCUACACUGAAGGCGGCCCUCGAACACGGUGCACCCGAGGAUGCGAUCCUUCAAGCGCGUGAAGAGUUUCACGCGCAUCUCGCAGCCUCGCGUGCACACCAGCAGCAAUUGCAGUCGGCGGAUCUGAUGGACGACAGUGAGCUGUUGUCGGACGACAGAGACCUCGAUAACGAUCUGACAGGCCCCGUGAACAUCAGCACGAAAGGAAAAUUGAUCGCGCCCGGUAUCGUGGCUCCUGGUAUUAUCUCUGUGACGUCCACGGAACUUUACUUCGAGGUGGACGAGGACGACCCAGAGUUCAAGAAGAUCGACAGCGAGGUGCUCAAGUACUGCGAUCAUCUGCACGGAAAAUGGUACUUCUCGGAGGUGCGCGCGAUAUUCUCGCGGCGAUAUCUGCUCCAGAACGUCGCCAUCGAGAUAUUCCUGGCCAGCCGAACCUCGAUCCUGUUCGCGUUCCCGGACCAGGCGACGGUGAAAAAGGUGAUCAAGGCGCUACCGCGGGUCGGCGUUGGCAUCAAAUACGGGAUUCCGCAGACUAGAAGAGCAUCAAUGAUGUCGCCCAGACAAUUAAUGAGGAGCUCCAAUAUGACGCAGAAGUGGCAGCGAAGAGAAAUAUCGAAUUUCGAGUAUCUCAUGUUCUUGAAUACCAUUGCUGGACGAACUUAUAACGAUUUGAACCAGUAUCCGGUGUUCCCUUGGGUGUUGACUAAUUACGAGACGAAGGAGCUCGAUCUCAGUCUGCCUAGCAACUAUCGUGAUUUGUCAAAGCCAAUUGGCGCGUUGAACCCAAGCAGAAGAGCUUACUUCGAGGAACGCUUUCAAAGUUGGGAGCACGACAGUAUACCGCCGUUCCACUAUGGCACGCAUUAUUCUACAGCUGCUUUUGUUCUGAACUGGAUGAUACGCGUGGAACCGAUGACAACGAUGUUCCUCGCGCUCCAAGGCGGGAAAUUCGAUCAUCCGAAUCGAUUGUUCUCCUCGAUCGCUCUCUCUUGGAAGAAUUGCCAACGUGAUACUUCAGAUGUCAAGGAGUUGAUCCCAGAGUUCUUCUUCCUACCGGAGAUGCUGGUGAACAGCAAUCGAUAUCGCUUGGGCAGACAAGAAGAUGGCAGCGUAGUCGGCGACGUCGAGUUACCUCCGUGGGCAUCGUCCCCGGAGGAAUUUAUACGAAUUAAUCGAAUGGCUCUCGAGUCGGAGUUCGUGUCCUGUCAAUUACACCAAUGGAUCGAUUUAAUAUUCGGCUACAAGCAAAAAGGUCCAGAAGCGGUUCGUGCAACGAAUGUAUUCUAUUACUUAACUUACGAGGGUAGCGUGGAUUUGGAUACGAUAACUGAUCCAGUUAUGAGGGAAGCCAUAGAGAAUCAAAUACGGAACUUCGGUCAAACACCCUCGCAGCUUUUAAUGGAACCACAUCCUCCGCGAAGUUCAGCGAUGCAUUUGAUUACCCCAAAGUUUGACAAGACGUUGCCACCCGUUUUGCAGUCGCCGAUGAUGUUUUCGAGUAUCCCAGACGACAUCUGCAUGACCAUCAAGUUCCCAUCCAACUCGCCGAUUUGUCAUAUAUCGGCAAACACUUAUCCUCAACUACCCUUACCAUCCGUCGUUACAGUCACUACUGGACAGCAAUUCGCUGUCAACAGAUGGAACACGAAUUACGCGGCAUCUGUACAAUCGCCGAGUUACGCGGAUACUCCGCAAGCGCAAGCUGCUAAUCAACCAUUGUCCAUGGAUCCAGUUCUAUCUCAAGCAGCGAACAGUUCGAAUCCCACCCUGCGUCGCCACUUGGGUGACAAUUUCAGUCAGAAGCUUAAGAUACGAAGUAAUUGCUUCGUCACCACUGUGGACAGCAGAUUCUUGGUUGCUUGUGGUUUCUGGGACAACAGCUUCCGUGUAUUCUCUACCGAAACUGCAAAAAUUGUACAAAUAGUGUUCGGCCAUUAUGGAGUUGUCACGUGUUUGUCACGCAGCGAAUGCAACAUCACGUCUGAUUGUUACAUAGCAUCGGGAAGUGCCGAUUGCACUGUUCUGUUGUGGCACUGGAAUGCCAGAACGCAGACGAUCGUCGGCGAGGGUGAGGCACCAGCGCCUAGAGCGACCCUUACAGGACACGAGCAACCUGUAACUGCAGUCGUUAUUUCCGCUGAACUGGGCUUGGUCGUUUCUGGAUCUUAUUAUGGACCAGUUCUUGUACACACGACCUUUGGCGAUCUUCUGAGAUCGCUGGAAGCACCAAAUGGAUUUUCUUCGCCAGAAAAUAUCGCCAUGUCACGGGAAGGUGUUAUCGUUGUGAAUUACGAACGUGGACACAUAGCAGCGUUCACCAUAAAUGGGAAACGGCUUCGCCACGAGUCUCAUAACGAUAAUCUUCAAUGUCUACUUCUAAGCAGAGACGGCGAGUACUUAAUGACAGGUGGUGAUAAACGAAUCGUGGAAGUUUGGAGGACGUUCAAUCUCGCUCUCCUCUAUGCGUUCCCAGCCUGCGAAAGCAGUGUCCGUUCUCUGGCACUUUCGCAUGAUCAGAAAUUUCUGUUGGCUGGCUUGGCAAAUGGAUCGAUCGUGAUCUUCCAUAUCGAUUUCAACAGAUGGCACCACGAAUUCCAGCAACGCUACUGAGACUGCUUCGCGUACGUCUAGCAAAGUCGAACGAGGCACGAACGCGGUUCAUCUGUCGUUCGUCUUCCUUGCCCAACAUCGACAGAUUUCUCUCGGUCUCGGUGGACGGGUCGUAACGGUAACAUCCAUUUAAAAGUCAGGUCUCGCAACAUCCGAUCGCGUGUACAAUACCAUUCAAACAGAUCAACGAUUCGAUCGUGACGUGUCGAAGAAAAACGCGCCGUGCAAUAAACAGCAGAGGAUUGGACGAAGCGUUUGGUCGUUAGUUUUUCGAAUGAGAAGCGAUGAUGAACUCACGAGGAGUGUUUACAGAUAGGAGCAACGAGCAACGACGCUUUCGUAAUCGUUUAAUAAGAAUCGAGUAGUGGGCGCAGAGAACAGUAGUCGCCGUGCAGCAGGUAUACUCACUCAGAUGUAUUAAAUAUUCAGCGUUUUAGCAAUAAACGGGACGGGGGAAAAAAAGAAAAAAAUAAAAAUAAUAAUAAUAAUUAAUAAUUCGCUUUCUUCGCGACUCUUCUGGGAGAGAAUAUUCGAGUGCUUCCGCGCGAUGCAGGCGCACGAAGUUUCGGGGGAACUGGCCAAGCUCGGGGCCCGCUCGUUUGACUGAGCGCGAUUCUCGAUUCCGAUGCUCGAGCUUUCUAGCCAUGCGAAAUAACCGAGAGAGAGAAAGAAGAAAGAAUUAAAUAAAAAAUAAAAGAGAACAGAAAAUUCACAAAAACUAAUUAAAAACGAAGUGUAAUCAUUCUCCAUCUCUCUCUCUCUCUAUCUCUCUCUCGAACCGCUAGUCAAUUACGAACACAAUUCGAAUCUAUCUGUAUCGCUUGAGAGAAUACUCGAAGACCGAUUCUCCUCGACUCGCCCCGUUCGAGGAACGAGCGAACUCUUCUAACCGUGAUCAGAAUAUCCUCGAAAGCGAUCAAAUCGGGCUCGCGACGAACAAAAUCGCGAACAAUCUCUCUGCGUGGUAUGCCGUGGCCAUGUUUAAAUUUCCUCCACCGAGGAAAUUCACGCGUGUGGUUUGUACCGGGGCCCGGUGACUCGUGUCUAGCGCUAGCAACGUCCCGUGUGUAAAUACGAAAUUAUCUCUACGACGUAUAAAUAUACAUAUACAGAAACAAAAAAGAAUAUAUUAUAUAUAUAAUAUAUAAUAUAUUAUAUAUAUAUAUAAAAUAUCUAUACAUGCACGCGUAAUUCCGUGCUAGGGUGUCGAGCGAAUGAGCGACAGAUGAGAGAGAGAGAGAAAAAGAGAGAGAAAGAGAGAGAGAGAGAGAGAGGAAGAGAGAGAGAGAGAGGGGGGAGAGAAAGAGAGAAUUUCCGCGCUAAUAACGUCGUAAUUGCUGCUCGUGAUAAAUGAGACACUUUUUGGCUAAGCACACUUUAAUAAAUUUCGGUUUUACUGAGAUGUAAGAACGUAAACGACACACACGUACACACUCACACGGAUAUCCACAAUAUAUAUACACAAAUUUUUCUCCACGAAGUAUUAAUAAUUCACGUACACUCGAACAAGGAGUACACGUUUGCACAAAGGAAAAAAAAAAAAGGCAUUAUUGUCGCAAAGGGGGAUCGACGCUUUUUUUUUUUCGCCGCGUGUACGCUGAAUCGUAUCCCGAAGGAAACGUCACACUAUUAUAUAUUAUCAAUCACCGAUGAUCAUACAUACACUCGAUCAUCAUCCCGCAACACUUGCUAUUCCCCGAUAAUCACGUCCUUCGAAAGAGAUCCUAAUUUUUGAUCAAAGCCGUCCAGCUUAACUUUUUGCGAGGAUAUUUCUUGGUAUUUUCGCACGCGAUGUAUAAUUAAUCAGCAGAGAAUCGAAAGAGUUAUUAAAUAGGCUUUAAAAAAGAAAAAAAAGAAUUAAAAAAAAAAACGAGCGAGUCUGAAUCACGUGGAUUUGCCCAGAAUUCAUUGGGAUUGACGUAUCGUCGUGUGUGAGCGUGUCGCCCGCUGUAUGAUGUGAUUCGAAUGAAGGUGGAACAGUUCGUUUUUCGAGGGAAAAAAAUCAUGAGGAUUGACGAACGAGAAACGAAGAAGGAGUCGUAUCGAUGCAAGUGAAAGAUCAAAGUCAAAUCAUCGAGAUAAAAGAAGAAGAAACGGGAAGGAAGAAAUGUAGGAAGGUUUGUUCGAGAAAUAGCGAUCCAUGAGACUCUCGUCGCUGUAUCACGAAUGCUAGUCACUCUUUCUUUUCAUUUUUUUUUUGAAAUAACACCGGUAUAUAUCGCUAUAUAUCGGGAUUAAAGAGAAACGCGCGUGUGCACAGCUUUCAAUUGCGAUAUCGAGAUGUUGUUAUUCGAUCGACGCCAACGUCGUAUGCCAGCGUAUCGUUUCAAGUGAAGCGAAUCGACGAUGAGUCGUUCUUUUCUCGCGCACGCUUGUUAGAUCUGUUGUGAUCUCGAUGUGUUUGCCUUCGGUAAAAAAUUCGUUCGGCGACGCGGCGAUUUCUCGAUCAGAUUGGUCUUGGUGAGCGAAAUAUUGAAUGGCAAGGGAGACGAGAAGGAAAUAGGUGAGGGGGAGGCGUGUAAAUGAGGGGGCGAGCUGUGUAAAUGAGAAUAAUUGGGAGCGAGAGUUUUUGCGGUUACGUCGAUAAUCCAGCCACGUGACGUAUUUCGCGAGUUCGAUACUUAAUUUUUUAACCAAUUUCUGCCAUUUUGUCCGGGAACGUACUUAAUAAUCAACAAUAAUCAAAAAAGGAAUUAAUAGAAAUAGAGAAGUUUUCUGCGUUACGCGAUAAAAAAAGAACACGUCUCAGGAUGCUUCUAGUCAAGAAUCGUGGCGAAUAGAACGUGGCUGAUUAUCGACGAAAUCCCGAAUUCCUUAGAUGUCAUUGAUUAACACUUAAAAUGAAAAAAAAGAAAAAAAGGAAAAAGAAAAAAAAAGAAAUCAUGUUACAUGAUACUGUCUACGUGGUAGGUGUAAAGUAUAAGUGCAUGAUGCCGUCGUUCUAGCGAUCAAUCACUCUUGAGCUUGCGAAACAAACAAACAAACAAACAAACAAAGGAGGAGAGAAAAAGAAAAAGAUGUGUCGCGAUGUAUAACGUUGUAAUAAGGGAUUUAUUAUAAACGUUGUUUAGUGUCGGCUCUUGUAUCGUGCACGCCGUGGCUCGCCAUCGGUCUCGUUAAUCGUAACAAUUUAUACACGCAUAGGACAAUGUUACGUGUGCAACAACGUGUUAAAAAACAAUGGUAUUAUAUCGCUACUAUUCGUUAUGAGCGUGCUUAUUGCAUGGUUGUUCGUGUCGUUUCGUUCGUAUGUCAAAGGGGGAGGAAAAUCUGCCAGCGAGGCGAACAGAAAUGGAGGAUAAGAGGAAGGAAAGGGAUGAAAAGUGUGAAAGUGCGAGAGAAAGAGAGAGAGAGAGAGAGAGAGAGAGAGAGAGAAGCGAGAAGAAUCAAUGUGCAUGCGUUUGCUACAUGUGUAUGUAUGAGUGCGUGUAUGAGGAAGAGGAUUGUGCCUGGUGCUUUGGAUAAUAUUAAUUUUUCGCGCACGCGUGGAAAUAGCUUGUGACGUGUGCAGUCUGUUCACACAUUGUACUUAAUGUACAGUCCGAGUAUUAUCGACACCUUAUUUUCAUUACGAUGGAGUUAGGAAAAGGAAAAGGGAUAGAUGAAAAGAUUAAUAAUAAAAAAAAAAAAAAAAAAAGAGAAAACAAAAAGUGAGAAGCGCGGCAUAUUUACAUUGUGACAUUUCGACCGUAUUCUGCUUUUAUAUACGAUGUUCUUUUUUCAAAUUUGAGUCUUUUUUAAAAAGCACGAGAAGAAGCGGAAGAUUCGAACGAAUAUUUUGGAUCUUUCGAUCGACUCGCGAUUCAAAUGUGAAAAAUUAACAUCUCUAACGCAUAAGAAUAAACAUCAAAGCAGAAGAGUAAUCUUGGUUGAAAUGUAUCACGACGUACGAAAGAGGAAAGACGAAAUAAAGAGAAAAAGGGGGCGAGAAAAAGAAAAAAAAAAAGAAAAAAAAAGAGAACAAAAAGAUUUUAAAAAGAGGAGAUUUUUUAUAUUUGUUUAUAGGUUCGUGAGAAUGCUGCACUUUUCGAGCAAGUUGUUAGUAAAUUCCCUCCAUAUUACUAUAUAUAUAUAAUACAUAUAAAAAAUAUAUAUAUAUAUAUAUAUAAAGGAAGUUAACAAACAAAACAAAAAAAAAAUCAAUUUUCUGUCCGUACUCGGUACACAUAAGAGUAACGCUACUAUUUUAAAUAACGCUAAGUACAACGCUACAACAAAGGUUUGCCUAUAUAAUUAUUAUUACAACUACAUUUUAUUCUCAUUAUUAAUUCAUAUGAUUAUUAUUAUUAAUUAUCAUUACUAUGAUUACGAGGUCUAUACAUAUAAUUGAUUAGUGCUCUCGACAUCGCACGCAUAAGUGAGUGCAUUUUGGCACGUGUACUUAUUAAUGAAUAAUAUAAUAAACUAAUCGCUCAACAUGUGAAACGACACGUUAAAUAAGAAGAACACGAGGAAGAAGAAAGAAAAAAAAAGAAGUGAGAAAAUGAAGAAAAAAAAUAAAUAAACAAAGAAACAGAGAUUCGUACAAUUGCAAAACGAGUUAGGGUUCGUGUCGAUGAUUUUCGUGUCUAGCCAAAAAAUAAAAAAAAAAAAAAAAAGAAAAAAGAAGAAAAAGAGAAAGCACGAUGUUCUCCAUCCGUGAAUCAUAAGAAAGCGCGAGGUAAUUGCGAACCGUAUGCACUGUGUUAAAAAAAAAAAAAAAAGAAAAACAAGCACACACAAAAAACAGAUUAAAAAAAAAGAAAGAAAGAGGGGGAAAAAACGAGAUAAACGAAAUAGAUAGGCAGAAACGUAAAAGGGGAUUCGUGUAGAUGUGGAACUGCCCUUGCAUACAGAUUUCAAAUCAAACGUUUUACGUUUUUUUAAGCGUAAUCAUGGGCGGAUGAGAGAGGAAAGCGCAUAAAUGUCGCGGUAUAACACUUACUCGGACGCUUAGUCGUUAGAAUCGUAACCUGUUCAGUAUUUAACUGCGCCGCGAACUGAAGAAGAAAAUCGCGACGAUGACGUACGAUCGAUGAUUCGAGAUCGAUGAUUCGGUGGAUGAUAGAUCGUGACGAGAAUCGAUCGAUUGUAAAUUCGAAAUCUCAUCGUGAAUAUCGUUCGCGUUUAAAAAAGAAAAUUUCCUCAUCGUCGCGAGCUUCUUCUUGCACGCGAGAUAAUUUUCCAAUCAAUCGAUAAAAGUCAAUAUAUGCGAGAUUGUAGAGAGCGAAAGAGAGGGAGAGAGAGAGAGAUAGAAAGAAAGAAAGAGAGAAAGAGAGAGAGAGAGAGAGAGAGAGAGAAGAAAUAAUAAUAAAACAGAGAUAAAGAAAAACGACGAUGAACACGAAGAAACACAUACACACAGAGAAUAAUAAGAACUAAUGUAGAGAAAUCAUGUAGAGCUGCGAUUGUUUGAACGAAAUCAUCGAGUUUCAUCUGCGUCAAAAUAGCGUUUUAUAAUCGUGAAUCCGUUUCUUAUGGUAAGCGAUACGAUUUAAAUAAUUGUACAGCAUUUGUAAUGCUACACGAGCCAUCCGCUCUGGAUUAAGCUUAAGCCCAUCCGGUUUCACACGUACAAACACACGUACAUACACGCGCACACACAUACAUACAUAUACAUACAUAAAAAAACACAAAACACAGAUCAAUUUAAUCGCUGCAGUUACAUUUCUUCAAAGACUGAACAUCGUUCCGCGGCAUAUUGUUUUCUAUGUAUACAUAAUGUAUAUUUCACCACCAUGUUACGCCAUGUCAUUGUUGAUCGUAAUUUCAAGCUACUAUUUAGAAACCGCGUAUUCGAAUCAAUGAAACAAUGAGAAUUUUCGAUUUUACUGCGCACUGAAAUGGGGAGGAGAAAAAGCGGAUUAGAAAAAGAAAAAAACGUAAUUGGGACACGAGGAAGAAAUAUAUGUAAUAUGGCCUAACUUUUUCACAAUUAACGACGCGAUUUAGAUGUGUAGAACGCCUGAGAAAUGAAGCGAAGAAAAAAAGAAAAAAGAAAAAAAAAGACAAAAAAGAAAAAGAAAAAGAAAAAGGAAAAGAAACAAACAUGGAUCGAUGUUCGAUCGACGAACAAAUGACUGCAAAGUUAAUUAACGUUUUAAAUGAAAUCUCGAUGCUUGUCUAAAUAUGAUUUCCGAUCGAAAGCCAAAAUUGUAACUGCGACACCGCACGUCGAUCAGUCUCGUCGGAGACACGGACGACGCAGGUUAAAUUCCCGGCACUUUUAACAAAGUACUAUUAAGUAGAGGUACUUAAGUCGUUGCUACAUACCAAUAUAAGCUCUAUUGCUUAUUUUAUACUUAGUAUUAUCGUAACGUUUCGAUUAGAGGUAACAUAAUGGGAAAGUUGUAUCUUAGCAUAAGGUAGACUAAUCUGUAAAGAUAAGUAGUCAAAUAAAUGAAAAGUACAUUUGA